UUGCGCAUCUAUCAACUUCUGCCUCAGCAGCAUCGCAAUUGCUCCAUCUCCAUGGCCUGUUCUUUCUCUCCGCCACUGCCAUCUUUACUCUCUAAACUCAAAAUCUCAAAAGCUUCUGUUUCAAAACCCUUAAGCAUUCCAUGUGAGAAACGUCAAAGAAAGUCAUUGAGAAUAGUGAAAGCUGUUUCCAUCUCCAACCCAGAAUUGAGAACCGGCCCUGAUGAUCUGGUUCAAUCUAUUCUUUCCAAGGUGACACAAACAGAUAGAGGAGUUUCACUGACCAAAGAAGGACACGAGGAGGUUGCAGAGGUAGCUCAGGAAUUGCAGAAAUAUUGUGUUGACGAACCAGUUAAAAGCCCUCUUAUCUUUGGAGAGUGGGAUGUAAUGUACUGUUCAAACCCAACAUCUCCUGGAGGUGGCUACAGAAGUGCAGUGGGCCGCCUUUUCUUCAAAGCGAAGGAAAUGGUUCAGGUUGUUGAAGCUCCUGACACUGUCAAAAACAGUGUCUCCUUCACUGCUUUGGGUUUCCUUGACGGAGAAGUCUCUUUAAAAGGAAAACUUUACGCCUUGGAUGACAAAUGGAUUCAAGUAAUAUUCGAACUGCCAGAACUCAAAGUUGGAGGAUUGGAGUUCCGGUACGGUGGCGAGAGUGAGGUUAAGCUGCAGAUCACGUAUAUAGACGAGAAAAUCAGGCUGGGAUUAGGAUCCAGAGGCUCUUUAUUUGUAUUCCAAAGACGCAAAUAGACUCCGAGAGAAACUGUAGAGACGUCAUUUUGGUUCUGUGGCUUGUGCAUUGGCGAUAGUUUCUUCCUAAAUGCUUCUUUGCAAAUUGCAGUAGCAAGCAGAGUGAUAUUUGCAAGAGUUUGUUUUCUUCAUUUUGAUGGCCCUGAACCAUGGCUCUAUCAUGCAUAUGAAUUAGAACAAAAUAUGUUGAAAACAUAGUCAGACAGUAAAUUGGCUGAAA